AACCUCCAUUGAGGUUGCCUUGCGGCUUACAUUCCAGAUGUUUCACUAUGGAGACGUAAUUGUUCAGCCACAUAAAAUCUUUUCCAUCGCCUCGUUGCUGUCGUCAACUGUUUCUAGUUCUCACAUUCCUGCAGCAGGCCCCGCCACACUGUUUUCAUAUAUGUACACAGUUUUUCCUAUGCUUUUUUGAUAUCUAAGACAACUUCCAACCUCUCAUCUGCAUUGUAGCUUGUGUAUCUCCUAUAUAUUCUCAUACGGUCGCUACAUUCAUCUUUUCUCAUCCUCAAUUAAAUUACUGAAUCUUUUUGAAUCUUCCGUCUCACAUACCAGUUGUUCAAUCCCUGCUCGCUAUCUCCAUCACACUUCCCAACACUAAAAAUCAGGAGCAAUGGCACGAUCAGCGGCUUCAAGCUUCACCCUCGCUGUCCUCCCCUUCUUGUUCCUUGCCAUGUUCGUCACAUCCGCUGUAGCAACAACAGCAUCUGUAGGACUCACAACUGCCUCCGCUGUACCCUCACCUACAGCCAACGGUACAUAUACCAAGCCCGCCCCAACAAACUCCGGUUCUGUAGCUGCAACAUCCAGUAUUGUCGGCGCCGCGGCCAUCCCCGACGCCCAAUACUCGGCUUUCUUCGCCUUGACCGUCGCUAUCUUCGGAAGCUUCGCUUUGGGUCUCGGACUAUAG